AUGGCUCACGGGCCUGGAAUCAAGCCUCGCAGGGCGGUCGCGCUCUUGAUGGGCGUCCUCGUUGUCCUCACGCUGGCCCUCCUCUCGCCGCAUACAGCCUCUGCUCGGCCUACCAAGGAUGGCGAUGAUGGCCUCACCAGCCAGAUGGCCCAGGAGGUGCAGGCGCGCGGCGGCACCACGAUCCAGGACCUUUCCAAGAUGAAGCACGCCCGCUGGGGCCACGGGCCCAAGCCGGUGCGCGGCGUCAACAUCGGCGGCUGGCUGAUCCUGGAAAACUGGCAGACGCCCUCGCUCUUCCUCACGCCGGACCUCAAGGACAAGAGCAUACCCGACGAGUGGACCUGGUCAAAGACGCUCGGCAACACGACGGCCACCCGAAAGCGCCUGCAGACGCACUACGCCAACUGGCUCAACGCCACCGACUUCAAGCGCAUGGCCGAGUACGGCCUCAACACCGUCCGGCUGCCCGUCCCCUACUGGGCGUUUGUGCCCAACGCCAAGGAGCCCUACCUGACCGGCCUGCAGCAGCCCUUCAUCGCCAAGGCGCUCGGCUGGGCGAGGGACAACAACCUCGACGUCGUCCUCGACCUGCACGGCGUCCCCGGCUCCCAGAACGGCUACGACAACAGCGGCCGCGCCGGGCGCAUCGGCUUCGGCGACAGCAAGGACAACAUGGACCUCGCCAUCCUGGCCCUCAUGCGCAUGACGGAGCUCUACGUCAACGACCCGUCGUACCGCGGCGUGGUCAAGGCGAUCGAGGUGGUCAACGAGCCAAAGGUGGGCGGCGGCGCGGUGCCGCUCGACUUCCUCCAGGAGUUUUACCGCAAGAGCUACGCCGCCAUCCGCAAUCAGAUCGACCCAAAGCGUGCGCCGCUGGUGCCGACGAUCCUCUUUAGCGAUGCCUUCCUCGACCUCUCGACGUGGGAUGACUUUUUCUGGGACAAGAGCUGGUACAAGACGGGCAGCUACGCCAUCGACACGCACAGCUACCAGGCGUGGUCGCCGCUCAAGGAGCUGUCGCCCAGCGGCCACAUCAAGCACGCCUGCUCGCUCGGCGCGCCGCUGAGCCACACGCGCUCCAUCCACCCGGUCGUGGUGGGCGAGUUUGCGCUGGGGAUCGAGACGCGCUGCGUGCCGUACCAGAGCUGCGCUGGCCGCAGCAUCAAGGACGACGUCGCGACGCUCAACACCGACUCGCAGAACCUGUUUGCGCGCAGGUUCUGGGAGGCGCAGACGCAGACGUUCGAGGGCAGCGGCAGCGGGUGGAUCUUUUGGAGCUGGAAGGGCGAGAGCACGGCGGCGUGGAGCUACCAGGCGGCCGUCGAGCAGGGUUGGAUCCCGAGGAACCUGGACGAGAGGGCGUUCAGGACUCAGGCGGGUCCCUACUGCGUGGAAAAGUCGCCCAGCGCCGCCGUUUCGUUCAAGACCCGCAGCGGGUAG